AUGCCCGAAACCUGCACUCCCCAAGAAGAUGAGUCGUCACCAUUUCAAAUCAUCUUAAUUUUCACAGUUAUAGGCACUGAAUGCAUCAUUGGUAUUGUUGCCAAUGGGUUCAUUGUGGUUAUAAGCGUAGCUGAAUGGAUUCAGAACAAGGCAGUCUCCAUGAGUAGCAGGAUCCUGUUUUUCCUGAGCUUAUCCAGAAUAGCUCUCCAGAGCUUGAUGAUGCUAGAAAUCACCUUCCACUCAACAUCGCCACGUUUUUAUUAUGAAGAUGGUAUAUAUGAUACAUUCAAAGUAAGUUUCAUGUUCUUACAUUAUUGUAGUCUCUGGUUUUCUUCCUGGCUCAGUUUCUUCUACUUUGUGAAGAUUGCCGAUUUCUCCUACCACCUUUUUCUCAAGCUGAAGUGGAGAAUUACUGGACUGAUGCCCUGGCUUCUGUGGCUCUCAGUGUUUUUCGCCUUGGGCUACGGCACGCUCUUUUCCUACGGCAUCUACACCGUUUACUGUAACAAUUCUUUCCCUAUCCCCUCCUCCAACUCCACUAAGAAAGUAUCCUUCACUGAGACCAACGUGGUCAACCUGGCUCUUCUCUACAGCCUGGGGUUCUUCAUUCCUCUCAUCGUGUUUGUGCUGGCGGCCUCCCUGCUGAUCAUCUCCCUCAAGAGGCACACCCUGCACAUGGGAAGCAAUGCCACCGGCUCCAGCGACCCCAGCAUGGAGGCGCACCUGGGGGCCAUCAGAGCCAUCAGCUACUUUUUCAUUCUCUACAUGUUCAACGCCGUUGCUCUAUUUCUCUAUAUGUCCAACUUCUUCAAUGCCAACAGUUCCUGGGAUGUUUUGUGCAAAAUCAUCAUGGCUGCCUACCCUGCUGGUCACUCUGUUCUACUGAUUCAGGACAACUCUGGGCUGAGAAGAGCCUGGAAGAAGCUUCGGUCUCAAGUUCAUCUUUGCCUAAAAAAGUAA